AGCUCUGGGACGGGAUGUGCCACCUAUCAGCUGCCGAAUGUUAGCAACAGCUAUAAAACUUGGAACAAGCUCCUCCCCCAAUGCGAACUUCUUCUCCUUGACCUCCUCCUUUGUCACACUGCACCAUCCGUCGUACAUUUGGGCGCUCGCUACUCCAGAUCCGACGAUCCUACACUCGCUCCUUGAUUGCGAACAGCAUCUCUCAAACAUAUACGAAACAGCUUGUUCAGGUGGACUCGAUCGUUGGAUCAUCAUCAUUCUACCCGCUCCUACUAGCUUCGCAGACAGAACCUGAACCCUGGCCAAGAUGCGCUUCCUCGCUCUCGCUGCUGUCGGGCUCUCAUCCUUCCUCCAUCUUGCAGCGUCGCAAGAUCUCUCUACUCUCCCUACAUGCGCGGUGAGCUGUGCCCUCAACGCCAUUUCCAGCACCGGCUGUGCAACCACCGAUGCUGCCUGCAUCUGCCAGGCGAGCAGUUUCCUGAGUGGAGUGUACUCGUGCAUCUCUACUGCUUGCAAUGCCACUGACAUCGCUGCAACUCUACAAUUUGCCGAAACUUUCUGCGGCCAGGCAGGCGUCAGCAUUACCCUUCCCACGGCCUCUGCUACUGCCGGACCAACUUUCACUCUCAGCUCCACUAGUGCCCCAGCAUCGGCUUCCGCGACCUUGACCAGCAGCUAUGUGCCAGCGAGCGGCGCUCCAGCUGCAACCUAUACCGGUGGCGCACAGAUUUUGAAACAGCAGUGGGCAGGUGUUGCAGGUGUAGUUGGACUGGGUGUUGCCGCCAUACUGUAAAGGGCGGGGGACAAGAGAAUGACUAUGCCUGGAUAAUUGAAAGGUGAGAGAGAACAUGGCCCGAGGAAGAUAUCUGAAUGGAUACUGGUCGGUACCACUACCAUAUGAGUCGACAAUGUUUACGAGGUUAUGAUGCGAAAUGGAAAAUGGGUAGUACUACCGCUACAAUACCAAAACAGCCCUAGGACUGCUGGGAAAUGAGUGGAUGGUCUCUUUGGAUAUUCUGUUUCUGUACGUAGUAACCCGUAAUCCUAAUCAUUUCUUAUACGCUCCGAAGGGGUUUGGCUACUGCG